UGUGAUUCAUUGCUGUCGACCUGUAGUAAAAUAAUUAUAUCUUGGAAAAAAUAAAUUAUUUAGUUGUGUAGAGGGUGUUAGUUUGUUCAAACUGCUUCUUUAAAUUUAUCCUACAAAAAAAGAAAAAUAAAAAUGUCGGAAGGAGUUAAAAGAAAUAUUCCAAUAAAAUUAGGAGAUUUUAGCGUUAUCGAUACUGAAUUUUCUAGUAUUAGAGAAAGAUUUGAUGCCGAAAUGAGAAAAAUGGAGGAAGAAAUGUCUAAAUUUCGACACGAAUUGAUGAAUCGUGAAGCGAAUUUUUUUGAAUCAACGAGCUCCUCAAAUACUCAAAAUAAUACAGCAUUAACUCAAAGACCGAAAGCAAAUUAUAUGUCAGAUCUGAACUCCCCACUGAUACAGGAAGAUGGUGAGAGCAAAGUAUUGAAGUUAAGAUUUGAUGUUAGUCAAUAUGCCCCCGAGGAGAUAGUUGUUAAAACUGUUGACAAUAAAUUAUUGGUUCACGCAAAACAUGAAGAGAAAUCUGAUACAAAAAGCGUCUAUCGCGAAUAUAAUAGAGAGUUCCUCUUGCCCAAAGGAGUUAACCCAGAAGCAAUUAGAUCUUCUUUAAGCAAAGAUGGUGUUUUAACAGUUGAUGCACCUUUGCCACAGCAGUUGACAGCAGGCGAAACUAUGAUUCCAAUAAUGCACAAAUAAAAUAGAUAAUUUAAUAACAACGAAAAAUUUUUAGAUUGUUUUUAUAUCUUUUAGUGCUGUAAAUUCAAUAUCAAAUUUUUAUAAGCAUUUAUCUCAUUCAGCGCAAUAAAAUUUUAAAUUAUUUUUUACAACAAAUAAUUAAAAAAAACUUUACAGUGAAUUUAAUACUAAAUAAAAGUAACAUUUUUUCUACAUUUUGCAUUGAUUUCACAUGGGUUGAAUUUGCAUGCACGUUUUUUUACAUUUUGGAACAAGUUGCGUGUUGUAAUUUAAAAUUUCAUGUUUAAAUUAAUGUUUCUAUUUAUAACAUUUUUUAGUUUUAUUAACCAUAUUCCUUAAUUUCAUAAAUUGCUUAAUAAAAUUCGUUACUUAGUUACAGUGUU